AUGUCGGAGAAAAUCGAGUACACUCCCAUUGAGGCGAAACCUCGUCACCACGCUUCUCGCUGGCGGAAGUGGACCCACUUGGCAUUGCUAGCCGCCCCCCUUAUCUACCUUGCUCACUACUCCCAGUACCCAUCCUCGUUGUAUUCGUUGCUCCAGGGCUCGGAGCCCAUCGACAAUCCCUCCCAGGUGGUGUUGGACGCUCUCUCCAUCAACCUUGCCAGUAAAUGGUCCAAGAUUUACACCGCAGAGGCCCAUUUGGCAGGAACCAACUAUGGUUUGGUGCAAUGGACAGCCGACCAGUUUGAGCGCUACGGCUUGAAAAGCACCAUUGACGAGUACGAGGUGUUGCUCAGCUAUCCUGAUGACCACGCGUUGAACUUGGUUGCCAAAGACGGUCUGGUGGCCUACAAGGCGCCAUUGAAGGAGGACGUGCUCAAGGAGGACAAGACCUCGGGUGGCGACGGCUUGGUGCCCACCUUCCUUGGCUACGCUGCCAACGGCAACGUCACUGCCCAGUAUGUGUACGCCAACUACGCCACACGCGACGACUUCCGCCAGUUGAAGGCGGAGGGCGUAGACGUCAGUGGCAAAAUCGUGAUUGCACGGUACGGAGCCAUUUUCAGGGGCUUGAAGGUCAAGUUUGCACAGGACGAAGGUGCUGUGGGCGUGUUGCUCUACACGGAUCCUGGCGACGACAAUGGUAUCACCCCUGCCAAUGGCUACGAACAAUACCCAAAGGGUCCUGCCAGACAGGAGAGUUCUGUUCAGAGAGGAAGCGUGCAGUUCUUAGGGGGCCUUGGAAGCGCUCCAGGCGACCCUACGACUCCAGGCUACUCUUCCAAGCCGGGUGCUGAACGCCAGGAUCCCCAUGACAGCAUUGGUAAGAUUCCAGCGUUGCCCAUUUCGUACCGUGAAGUCAAGCCUAUUUUGGAGAAGCUCAAUGGCCACGGCCACAAGCUCGGCAAGGAGUGGAAAGGAGGCUUGGAUGGCGUUUCCUACUCCACUGGCCCCAACAAGGAAUACACCUUGAACUUGUACAGCAAGCAGAUCUACAACAUCAGCACCAUCUACAACGUGUACGGUGAGUUUGAAGGCAAAAACCCUGGAGAAGCCAUCAUUGUGGGUAACCACAGAGAUGCCUGGAUCAAGGGAGGCGCUGGCGACCCCAAUUCGGGGUCUGCUGUGCUCAUUGAGGUUGCCAGAGCCCUCGGACGUUUGCAAAAGUUGGGCUAUAAAUUCAAGAGAAGUAUCAUUCUCCACAGCUACGAUGGCGAGGAAUACGGACUCGUGGGUUCAACCGAACAGGGCGAGUAUUUUGCCAAAAAGUACCAAAAGGACGUGGUUGCGUACAUCAAUUUGGACGUAGCUGUGUCAGGUAAGCACUUGCACUUACUGGCAUCUCCAUUGUUGAACCAUGUUUUACUUGAGGUAGCCAAGCAGGUGGAGUAUCCUGACAAAGAAGGUACCACCCUUUACGACCACUACUUGGAAGAAAGGGGAGGCAAAAUCGGCAAUCUUGGGCUCGGAUCCGACUAUGCAGUGUAUUUGGACCACUUGGGAAUUGCCUCGGUCGACUUUGGAUUCACUGGAGGAAAGGGAGACCCCGUUUACCACUACCACUCGAACUACGACUCGUACCAUUGGAUCUCCGAGUAUGCUGACAAGGGCUUCAAGUUCCACGGAGCCACGGCCAAGUACUUGUCGUUGCUUAUUCUUAGGUUGGCUGAGCGUGAUGUGAUCGACUUUAAGCUCGAGGACUACAGCUAUGCGUUGGGCACCUACUUCAAUACCACGCUCGAAAAGGUCCCCAAGAGUUGGUUGGACGAGAAGGUGUCUGGGGACGCCUUGAAGGACUUCUUGGGCCACGACGAAAAGACCAGUGCGUUGGUCAAAGAGGCUAGUCAAGGCGAGUACAGCGACCAUUCGAGGUACCCGUUCAUGGAAUUGAUGUCAGUGAAGCAAUGCAGCAUGCACAAGGUGGUGCGUUUCGAGGAGGACGAUGGCGAGUUUACAGUCAGAGAACUUCUCAACCACACCUUGCACGAGUUGAUCAGCUUGCAGAACCUGACCACUCAUUUCGAUGCCCACGCCGAGCAGCUCCAGGAGCAGGCAGACCACUGGGACUCGCUUCGUUUCUGGGAGAAAAUCAAGUUGUUUGUGCUCCUUCGGGUGUCCAACAAGCUUCUCCACUACUUUGAGAGAAACUUUUUGCACCACGACGGGUUGGAUGGAAGACCUUGGUACAGGCACAUUGUGUAUGCUGGUGGCAGAUACACCGGAUAUGCGGGACAGACGUUGCCGGGGCUCCUUGAGGCCAUUGAAGACCACGACCUUGGCCGUUUUGUGCACUGGUUAGGUGUGGUGGACCGGACGUUGAGAAGAAUCAACCACGAAAUCUCGUAA